CCCACAUUGCACCAACUGCGCUCGACAUCUUUUUCGCGGCGCUCAAUUUCCAACCAGCAGGACAUCAAUUGUGAGCCACCGCGAAUCUACAACCCCAAACUCAUUCUCUCCGUCCCAGUCGAUACUAUCGCCUAGUUCAAGAUGGAUGCGGCAGGCAAAGUCCCAGUCAAACUCGUCAAAGUCACCCGAGUCCUCGGCCGAACAGGCUCGCGAGGUGGUGUCACACAAGUGAGAGUCGAAUUCAUGGACGACACGAGCCGAAGCAUCAUCCGAAACGUCAAGGGACCAGUGAAAGUCGAUGAUAUUCUGUGCCUGCUCGAGUCCGAAAGAGAAGCAAGAAGAUUGAGAUGAUGGCUUGUCGCGGAGUGGGGCUGUGAGGUCUUGAAGGUUCUGGAGAUGAAGACGAGAAAUCUGAUGGGCGUGGGAACAAUGGCGAUGCUUCGAAGGAUGUUACUCCCUCCGGGGAACGGUCAUUCCAGUUUGAUUGGCACUGGGAGGCGAAGGCUCUCGGCCAAGCGUUGUCUGGGCUGGAAGGAUCUUCAGCAGCAAAGCGUUCGGCUGGACCACUGAUUAAAAGUCAUCAAAAACCAUUCAACAUCACCUUGAGCUUGGGCCACUGCGCUGGGCUUCUCCGUUGGACUCGCGUUGGAAUUCGCUUGAUGGCAGGACCUGGGGCUCGCGGCGUAUUCAAACCUCGAUUCUCCCAGAAUACCUGACUUCAGACAUUGUUUCCAGUAACCCAUUGUAUCCCCACGAGCCCUUGACGUAGCAAGCCCAGAAGCUACCACAGAUUUUUUGUGGUUCGUUACACUCCCAACGGAGACAUCAACUCAGCCUUGCAGGACUCGUGCGGCUCAUUAUUAGCGAACUACAUUCGGCCUUGGCAACCUCGCCGCCUUAGUAAGAAGGUCAAGGCUUCACCUGGCGACGUGGCGAGGCCUCAGAUCCUGACAGAAUCACAAAGCAUCAUCUUUUG